AUGGUGUGUGUCUUAACGCAGUCGCUGGUAGACAUAUGUCCAGAUUUACGAGGAGAGCUUGUGGACUAUAUGAAUACUGCUCCAUCCUCAUCUACCCAUAGUGCUCCGGACACUGACAGCUCUGGAAAGAAAGGAAAAAGGUACAGAACAAUGGAUAGUGACUCUGAAGUAGACAGAGACAAAAGAAGGCGUCGAAACGAAGAAUCUAAGCUCCAAGCACCAGCCGCUCUAACACGCAACCCUUCGUCCAACUCCGAUAGUAUUCGAGCGUUGUUCGGCAGCGGUGUUGAAAGAAAGGAACCUCCCGAUAAAGGUAUUAGUCCUGAUUCGGGUGUACAUUCGGCAGAGAAUGAUCCUGGCGAUGAAAACGACGUUCACUCUGCUCAAAAUAUCAUCAAUUUGAUAACCAAAUUGUCCCCACCUCUUUCACCAAUCAAACAACGGCCCUUUGAUAAAAAGGCCGAAAGAGAACGUAAGGAAAUGGAGAUUAAAGAGAAGGAAAGGCUCGAGCAACAGAGAAAGGAAAAAGAAGAACGGGAACGUCAAGAGAGGGAGCAAGCAGAACGCGAAGAAAGAUUGAGAAAUGAGCGCUUAGAGCAUGCAAGCGUGAACGAGAGUAUGAGGAGAAGCUUCGCAAGGACAAGGAAGAAGAAAAGCUUCGACGAGAAAAGGAACGGGAACGUGGAAAGAAGAAGGAAAGGGAAAGAGACAGACCCUCUUCUGAGAAACGAUCCAAGGAUUCGGAUAGAAGGGACAAAAUAA